CACACAAGACCACUCGCCCAAACAUUGUUUGGAGGACUUAUGGAACCAGCCAUUCUUGUAAUUGAUGGCACCUACAUUUAUAUACAAAAGAGUGGCCAAUUUAUGUUCCAAAGGAGGAGUUACAGCAUGCAUAAGCACCGGCCGUUGGUAAAACCUAUGAUGUUUGUCACCACAACAGGUUACAUAGUGUCCGUGUUAGGUCCCUAUUUUGCCGAUUCCAAAAACAAUGAUGCCAGCAUCCUGAAUCAGAUUUUAAAUUCCAACAUUCAAGAAAUCAAGGAGUGGAUUCAGGAAAAUGAUGUGUUUGUGGUUGACAGAGGCUUUAGAGAUUCCAUGGACCUCCUACAACAGCUAGGAAUACAAACAGAGAUGCCUUCUUUUUCCAAGCAAAGGAAACAGCACACUACCGGAGAAAGCAACGCUUCCAGGCUUGUUACUAAAAUAAGAUGGGUCGUUGAGGCUGUGAAUGGACGGUUAAAAACCUGGAAAUAUUUGGAUCGUGUGUUGCCAAACUCACAGAUUCCAUACAUAGGCGAUAUUGUCAGGAUUGUGUGUGCAAUCUUCAACAAGUUCGGUACACCAAUAAGCACGGGGGAUGCAGAGCAAGAUCAACUGCUAGGAUCGAAAAUGUUGCAUUUGUCACGGAAGCAGAAUUCUCUUUGGGAGAGAAUUGAACGAGAAGGCCUUUUCAAUCGACCUAGUAAGUGGCAGAAGAUGGAGACCACAACUGAUAUCAUAUUUCCUGUUCUGACAGAAGAAGACCUGCGGAAUUUGACACUGGGAGUGUAUCAGCUCAAACUGGCACGGUCCUACACACAGGAACAUAUGAGCGAAACGGGAGGAUAUGAAGUAUCUAUCUGUAAAGUAGAUGCUAAUCUGAUCAAUGCCAAGAUACAGAGCCGACAUUUUUCCUCAAAACUUUACCAAUUGUGGGUAUCAUUUGAUGAUUGUAAUGUGCAAGGAUGGUACUGUACAUGCCGUGCUGGGGCGAGGGUGGUUGGGACUUGCUCCCAUGUUGCAUCCAUCUUAUGGUAUAUGGGAUUUGCACGUCAUUUAGACAAGUCCUUUGACUUUAGUAAGGACUGGACACAAUAUUUACAAGAUGCCAGUUAUACACCAGACCCAAUCAGUAUUGAUGAGAGUGAUGAUGAAGGUAACACGGAGGAAUAAAACAGCACAGCUUUACCGAUGUAGCCAUGUAAAUUACAUAUAAAUUUCGGAAUCUCCAAAAAUGUAAAUACAAAUGCACGAUGGUCACUUGAUCGACUGAGGAAUUGGCUUUAAUCUCGAAUGACAAUGUAUUUUGUUAGUGCAUAAUGUUUAUUUGAAAUAACUUUUAACUUUUGUAAGAAUCAUUAACUGUAACAUGUUUGAUUUCAUAUCCUUUUCAAAUUAACCAAGAAUAUAAAGAUAACCGUGUACGGAAGUAUUGACAAAUUGAUGUACUGA